AUGCUAAAACCAGUACGGGUGUUAGCUGGUCUAGGAAACCCACCAAACAAAUGGACAAACCAACAGACUGAGUCAUUAAACACUAUCAUUAAAGAGGAGGCCGGUAACCAGGUAACAGAUCAAGCUACUAUUCACGAAAUACUUGAAGAAAGAAUUUUUUCACAGCAAGAGAAUGAAUAUAUUAAAGCUGUUUUUAACAUGGGGAAUACCGUUUGUCAUCUGAAUAUCAAAACUAUUCUGUUGAUCCUGUGGUAUGGUCACAAAAAACGCCAGAGCAACAAUCAAGUCACAUUAAGAAAGUGUUUAAAGCUCCUACGUCCUGUUCAGAGAAACACCCGUCGAUGAUACCAAGAAAGAAACUGUCUGUUUCGAUACAAGAUAGCGGCGUAGUUGGUGUUCCAAGCACAAUGUUGACCCAAAUUUGGAACAGUGCAGAAGUGAUUUUGUCAACUCAGAGCAUUAUUGAUGUGGGCAAAGGUACAUAUUGUGUUACAGAACAUGGCGGUAGUGCGAAUGUAACAGUCUAGAAAGAAAACCAGAUUAAUUGCAAGUGCCGUUAUUUUUCUGCGACGGCUGGUUUAUGUCCACAUGUUCUUGCAGUAUAUGAGAAUUUAGGCAAUCUUCCGAAGUAUUUGAAAUCGUACAACAAGAAGAGUGAUAAAGCAAGCAAAAUAAUUUUUGGUAACAUUCCCAUCAGAGCCGGUGAGAAACCAAGAGAGAAGAAAAAGAGAAAAGGAUCUAAUAAUGUUGAAUUGCACCCUAUUGUUGAAGAAGUGCGUAGGAAUGACAUCGACUUAGACUUCCCUAAACCUCUUAAUUUUACUGAGAUUUACCACAAUAAGAAUAACUUCGACGUUGUAUUUACAAAAGAUUACCGGAACAUAUCAAAAUGCGAAUCAUGCAAGAUAGAAUUUCCUACGGGAGGCAUUGUUUGCAUUCCACAAGAUAUAGCUAUUUUACAUAUGGAAAGGUAUUAUUACCCGAAAAAAGAUGCUGCGGCGAAUAUACGAAUGGAAGCUACAUGGAAAAAAGAAGUCGCAAGAUAUUACUGCAUGAAAAAGAAUUGUAUUCUUCAGAGGCAUCCUUAUUUUUGGAAAGGUAUGCUCAAGAUUGAAAAUGAUGUCCGCGAAAGACUGAAAGAAGGUCAUACAAAACUUUUAAAUGAUGCAUUCCAUUUGUCCUUGUGA